AUGUACUUCGCAGUGGCUUUGGAUGGAAACCAUGAACCUCUACUCUUAGCAAUUGGUUUGGGGACCUUAGAGUGUGAAGAAUCAUGGAGAUGGUUCAUGAUGAAGUUAAAAGAGUGUUUAGGUGAGGAUACAGAGGUUGGUUUCAUAAGCAACCUAUGUGAUAAAAUAGACUUUGUUGUUGAUAGUGUCUACCCAGAUUCGUAUCAUGGAUAUUGUCCUAAAGAUAUAGCCAGGAAAAUACGAGAUUCUGUUGGACAUGAUGAUACGGAAGUCAAAACGUUGUUUCGGAAGUCAUGCAAUGCAUAUAGUGUUCAUGAAUUUUAUUUGUGUCUGGAAAGGUUGCAAAAUGCCUGUAGGGCACCACCUUUUUGCACCUUGCUUAGGUGUCUAAUUUUCUGGCUUGACGAUAUAGCAAUUUCAAAAUGGACACGAGCAUUUUUCCCAAAAGUAUGUUACAAUGUUAAAUCCAUUGAUGUCCCUGAAAUGUUGAAAAUUAUAUCCACAUCCACACGAGAGUUUCUUAUAACAACGAUAAUUGAGUUAAUCAAUACAUCGAUACAAACAACGUAUGCUGAAUUGGCUGAAGUAGCAGAGAGAUCGUUUGGUGUGGUGACCCCUUAUGUUGAGAUUGAGCUUCAAAAGCGGAUAAACAAGUCUUAUAAUUGGGUGGAAAAACGUUUGUAUGCGGAUACAUUUGAAGUCGAUAACAAUUUUGGCACCAACAAAGUACAAUUUGAACGUAGGGUAUGUAGUUGUGGGAAAUGGCAAAAAAACGGUAUACCAUGUGGCCACGCUAUAGCAUGUCUAAGAACUCGUACGUCUGAAUCCAUUCACGAAAUGGUUGAUUAUAAGUUUUCUGCUGUCGUGUACCGUGUUACAUUUGAAUCUGAGUCGGUGAAUUCUGUACCAUCACAUGUGCACUUGGAAAUUCCAAAUGAAAGGGUGGUCAUGUUACCUCCCUAA